GCGCGGCGAGCGCGCGCGCCGUCGCGCGAGGCGCGUGGCCGGACGGGCGAGACGUCGAAGCCAAUGUUUCGAUUGAGGUUCGAGAGAAGGCGCUUGAGACGAUGUUUCCGAAACCAGGAAAUGCGUGUGAGGCCUUGAACGUGUUUUUCGACGGACAAAGGGAGAAAGAGCUCGCGGAGGACGACGCUAUUUUCGCGAGACGCGGAUUCGAGACGCUUCGAAAGUUGCGGGACGCGAUGACGCGCGAGCGGCCCGAGGGAAGGCCCGCCGGUCUCUCCCACGUGUGGGACCCCUUACAGUGCAGGGUGAGCCACGGAUUGGCGCUCCCUCAAGGGGUGAGCGUGGACGACGUCGGUGAGUUAACGCGUCUCAUGGAGCGUAGAUAUUUCGACGCGUUCACGCGCGCCGACGCCAAGCGCCUCAUCGGGACCUCGCUUUUGCGAGAGAUUGCGGACGAGAUGACUCGCGAGUCUCCGGUAAAACUGACGUUGUACGCAGGACACGACUCGACCAUCAUAGCGCUCUUCGCCGCGCUCGACGAACCGGCGUUUGGGUCGCUUCGCGAGUGGCCGCGCGUGUGCAGCGCGUUGAUCUUCGAGACGUGGCGUAUGAACGACGAUACCAUCGGUGUCCGCGCCGUGUACAACGGCGAAACGAUUAAAUUAACGGAAACGUCCAGACGCGAGGACGGGAUGACGCCGUAUGUAGAUUUCAGGGCGCUCGUGGAGCGACGCUCACCUCGAGAUUUUGUUUCCGCGUGCAAAUCCAAACUCUAG